AUGCUUCAAGAAAAGUCAACCAAGUACGAUAACUUUGAUUCUGAAGUUGAUAUAACACGUACUUUUCUCUGCUCAUUUGGCUUAUGGCCUGGUACAACUUUCUUCAGCAUAAUGAGUUUAUUCUUCAUAAAAGAGAUUAUUGGAAAAUCUAUGGAGUCUAUUGGUUGGGUAGCCUAUAUUUUACUUGUCGUUAUUGAAAUGUGUCUGAUGCGUAAUAACAUCCAUUUUAUUUCAUCAAUUAUCCAACGUAUGGAUGACAAUUGGAAAUGUAUUCAUGAUAUUCCAAUAGAAGACAAAGAAACUAUGCACCGAUAUGUAAUCAAAUCUCGACGUAUUGUACGCUUCACUAUUUUACUUAUAUCUACAUGUGCUGGGGGGUAUAUUCUACAACCAUAUAUCAGUACACUAAUUUCUGGUCAAAAAAUUCCUAAUAAAGUGCUGAAAAUUGGCUGGUAUCCAUAUUCAUUAACAAGCCUAUCGAUUAUACUGGCCACGAAUAUCGUGACAAUAAUCUGUAUUAUUAUAUCAGUACUCAUUUUUGUGAGUAUUGAUACUUGCCUUAUAUCUAUGACUCUCCACUGCGCUGGACAAUGGGCCGUACUUUGCAAUACGAUUCGUGAAUAUAAAGGAGUACUUAAGCAUUCAGUAGAUAAUAAUGAUUUAUCACUAGUGAAUUUGAUCAGAAGAUUUACAAUUAUCGAAUCAGUUCAAACAAGAAACUUCACUGAGUUUACUCUACAAAUAUUCUAUGAUUUUUGGACCAUAUUCUCUUUGUUUACUUACUGUUGGCUUGGUGAGUUAUUAUCGAAGAAAAAUGAACAGAUUGAAAAAACAUCAUUCGAAGUCGACUGGAUUAAUCAAAAACCAAAGAUCUCACGAGCUUUGAUGUUGAUACUAAUUCAAGCACGAAACCAACCACAGCUCACAGCUGGGAACUUUUUUAUUUUAACGCUGUCGUUUUAUAAACAGUGUAUUAAGGCAUCUGUGUCUUAUCUUUCCGUUCUUAUCGCUAUCGGGCUAGGUAAGUUAUCUUCAUCGAUAAAAAUUGAAAAAAAGCUCUUAACUUAUGAAAUCAGGAUAAAAGCAUGUUAA